AUGUCGAUAAUGAUCACUAUUCUACACUUCGAUGAUUUAUUUACACCACUCGCACCAUACUUGCAUCAAGUCAACAAUAAACCACAUUUACAAAAUAUGAGCUAUGGAGAUCACAUAUCAUUCGUUAUCGAUCGAAACCUUAGUUCCGAAGUUUAUAUGAAAGAAAUUUACUUAUAUGAAAAACAAGAGCUUACAUUAUACAUUUUAUCGCUUUUGUACCAGUUCAUCGCGACAGACAGGUAUUUUAAUUUAAGAACUAAGCGAUUUUAUGGCAACUUCCUUAUCUUAAAUACCUUUGUAUUAUUUACGAGUACCUCUUGA